UAGUGCGCAGGUAUACGAGCUGAAAGUUUUGACAGACCUAGUCACUAGUCAGUCAAUCUUUAGCCACGCUGGCGUUCACUUCUUAGUCUUUUUAAAUCUUGAGCAGAGACGCAUAGUAUUGUUUGUCUUUAAGUUACAAUUAAGCAUUAUUUUAUAUAAGUUAUUUUGCAAAAGCCAAUUAUCACGUCACUCUCUAAAAUACAUAUUCCCUUUUAUUUUCUAGCUUGUACGCACAUCUAAAUUGCAAGCAAUAUCAAUAUGAAACCCACUAGAGUCAACUUCCUAGACUCGAUGGCCGAGGUGAGUGAGGACGAGUUGGACGCUAAGAACAACACUACAUGGGAGAGCGAAAAAGAAGAUGAUGGACAUGCAAAUUCAACCAAACGCAAAAUCAGUGACUCAGAUGAUCAGUUGGAUGAGGAAGAUUACGAAUUGAUUGAAGAAAAUUGGGGAACGAAAAUCGAAAGAAAGCGGUUCAAGCGCGUCAAAAGAUUCGAGGAAUCUGAGGAGGAAGAUGAAAAAGAAGCUAUUGAAGUGGAGAUUUUUAAUAAUGGCGAAUGUAGCUAUGAAGAUUUCGCCAGCUCGGAGCUUCGAGAGGCUUAUGAAAUUUUUGGAGACGACUUUGACUAUGACGAAACGGAAAAGGACAGGGAUUUAGGCAAGAUAAAAUCAACAAAAAAAAGUAUCUUCGAAAUAUAUGAGCCCAUUGAACUUAAACGCGGCCAUUUCACCGACCUAGACAACGAGAUACGUAGGACGGACGUUCCUGAGCGGAUUCAACUAAGAUCCGUGCCAGUCACCGCUGCGAGUGAAGAAGAGUUAGCCGCCGAGGCUCAAUGGAUUUACACCGAAGCUUUCAAGAAAAGAAGUUUAUCGAGUCAGCAGGAUCGCACAAACCCCGAUAAAGGCCCUCACACCGCAUCAAAAAUCUAUAAUUCAUUAUUUUUUAUCAGAAAUGAAUAUUUAGAAGUGCCAUUCAUUUCUCAUUAUCGCAAAGAAUACGUACUACCGGAGCUAGACAUUGAGGACCUAUGGAAAGUGUACAAGUUCGAUGCUAAAUGGUGCCAAAUGGUGCAACGAAAACAAGCGCUGCUUGCGCUCUUCCGCAAGUUAAAGCGAUAUCAGAAAGAUUCGCCGUCGUCGGAAAAAGUGAUAUUGGACAAAGAAGAACAUGAGAAGCAAUUGGAAAUUGCUCAAACGGCCGAAGAACUAAACGACUGUUAUGAACACUUCAUGCUGUACCACGCCGAUGAGAUCCUGGAAAUGCAAGAGAUCGAGCUUAAGCAGGAAAAGGGUAAACCCGAAGAAAAACUCAAGCGAGCAGUCCGCCGCUCUGGGCAGUAUUCGAUCUAUAAACGUGCGGGUCUCGAGAACCUAGCAAAGAGGUUCGGACUACGACCUGAGCAGUUCUCGAAGAACGUGAGCGAAGAGUACCAGAUAUUCGAGGUUGAACAGGAUCCAAAUGAACCUGGCACUAUAGCAGCCGAGUACGUCGGUAAAAAUUUCAAGUCGGCGGACGAGGUGCUCAAAGCUGUACAGCAUAUGGUCGCCAUACAGUUGGCGAGGGAGCCCUUGUUAAGAAAGUCGGUAAGAGCGACUUUCAAACGGAAGGCGAAGAUAUCGGUACGACCAACCAAACAGGGCAUCAAGUCAAUCGACGGAAACCACCCGAUUUACAGCAUGAAAUACCUGAAGGACAAACCCGUCGCGGAUCUGGUCGGCGAUCAGUUUUUAAAAUUAGCGAUGGCCGAGGCGGACAAACUAAUAGUGAUAUCCUUCUCGGAUACAAUAGAAGGAGAUACCAGCAAAAACUACGUCGAGCAGAUGAAGCAACUCUAUGUCAAGGAUGAAUUCAGUAAGAGCGUCCGGGAAUGGAACGCUCUUCGUGUCGGCAGCGUGGAGAUAGCUCUUGAAAAGAUUGUGCUCCCGGAUUUGAAGAAAGAAUUGCACUCUACACUUCUGAGCGAGGCCAAGGAAUGUGUGAUGCGUUCGUGUGUUCGCAAGGCGCACAAUUGGAUAAAGGUCGCCCCGUAUGCUUGCGACUUAUUUUCUCAGAAGACGGACGAUGAUAAGCGGGAUGCAAGCGAAGGGCUAAGAGUGAUGGGUGUGGCUUACGUGCCCGAUUUUUCCAUCGCUGCAUAUGCUUGCCUCGUAGAACCUAAAGGCGAGUGCACGGAUUACGUGAAACUGCCGCACCUCCUGAAGAGAAAGAACAUCUACAGAAAUUUGGAGAGAAGUGCAAAAGAGGCCGAUCUGGCUGCGAUAAAAAAUUUCAUCGCGGGUAGAAGGCCUCACGUCGUCGUCAUUGGAGGAGAAUCGAAAGAUGCAUUGCUGAUUGCUGACGAAAUAAGGGAAUGCAUCGCAGCUCUGGUGGCUGAGAAACGCUGCCCUGCGAUCAAGGUGGAAAUCAUGGACAACCACCUAGCGGUUAUCUUCGCCAAUAGUCUUCAAGCUCGCUCGGAGUUCAGGGACUAUCCGCUGGAGCUCCGUCAAGCUAUUUCACUAGCCCGACGAUUGCAGGAUCCUCUGGUCGAGUUUUCUCAACUCUGCAACAGCGAGAACGAGAUACUCUGUUUAAAGUACCACGAUUUGCAAGACCAGUUAGCCAAGGAGGAGCUUCUACAAAGCAUACAAUUGGAGUUUGUAAAUCGUGUCAACGAAGUCGGCGUCGACAUCAACAAAAUCAUCCAGCAGCAUCACGGUGAAAACCUUCUGCAGUACGUCUGCGGCUUGGGCGAGCGUAAAGCCCAGACUCUCAUAAGGAUCGUCAAGCACAAAGAGAACAAAUGCCUGGAGAACCGCAGCCAGCUCGUCACGGCCUGUCACAUGGGUCCAAAAGUUUUUACCAACUGUGUUGGUUUUAUAAAAAUCGAUACCGACAGUCUGGCCGACAGUACAGAGGACUACGUUGAAGAACUCGAUGGUUCGCGCGUCCACCCGGAGGCGUACGAAUUUGCCAGAAAAAUGGCCGCGGAUGCACGGAGAUCUUCACGAAGAAUAGAAGACUUGGAUCUAGGCGCAUAUUCUAAGGAACUGGAAAAACAAGGUUUUGGCAGCAAGCACAUCACGCUCCGCGACAUCGGACGUGAGCUCGACGCUGGGUACAAGGAUGCGCGCAGCCCCUACCGAUCUCCGGACCCGGAUAAGCUUUUUAACAUGCUAACGAAGGAAACGCCCGAAAGCUUCCACAUUGGCAAGCUCGUGGAAGCCACUGUCACUGGCAUCAGCUACAAUAAAGCUAGGGGCACAGCCGCGGGUGUCCAGUUGCGAUUGGACAACGGAAUUCGUGGCUUCAUCCACAAGAGGAAUUUGUCGGACGAGUACGCAACGAAUCCAGAGGAAGGAGUGCGCGUCGGUGGUCGCAUUCGCUGUCGCAUCACAAAAAUCGAGGCUCACAGAUUCAGCGUCGAGGCCACCAGCAAGAGCAGCGAUCUCGCAGACGAGGGUCACAGAUGGAGGCCAAGAAAGGAUCGCUACUACGACACCGCGGCAGAGAACGUCUAUCGUCUGUCGGAAGCAGCAGCAGCCAAGAAAACAGCGCAGCGGCCAGCGUAUGCGAGGCGACUCAUCGUGCAUCCCGCGUUUCGAAACGCAACCUAUGCCGAGGCCGAGGAGUUGCUGAAAACGAUGUCACAGGGUGAAGCGAUAAUUCGUCCCUCCAGCAAAGGCGAUAAUCACCUCACGGUCACCUGGAAAGUCACGGAUGACGUGCACCAGCACAUUGACGUGCUCGAAGAAAGGAAGGAGCAGCCGUACGCGCUGGGUCGCACUCUGCGGAUCGGCCACGAGGAAUUCGAUGAUCUCGACGAAAUUCUCGCCAGACACGUCGAUUCCAUGGCUGCCUCUGUUCGCGAAUUGAUCAGCUUUCGAAGGGAGUACUACGUGCCGCGCGUGAUGGGGCUGAAAGAGAAAGCCGAAGAGAUAUUACGGGAUCGUCAGAGCAGAGACGCCAGCAAGACGCACUACAUACUAUCGCCGUCCAAGAGUCACCCGGGCAAAUUUCUUCUGUCUUACCUGCCCAGGACACGAUGCGCACACGAGUACAUAGCCGUCGUGUCGAAAGGAUUCCAGUUUAGGGGAUAUACCUUCACGCGAUUCAGCGAGCUCAUGGGCUGGUUCAAGAAGCACUUCAACGACCGACAUUACAGUGCAGCCGCAUCGUCGUCCAUCGCUAUCAGCCAAGAGCUCGUAUCACGAGCGGCGGACCAUAGGCCGCAUCAUCCUCACGUGCCUGGCGCGACGAGCGCCGGUACUCGCUACCAGUCAACGCAGCGCAAUAUGUAG